CCUCAAAGCCAAAGCAGUCAUCACUCGUUAUUUCCACAGUCAAACUGCAGCUGUUAAGCUCUGUCUGGGCCGCUUUCCCUUCCGACAAUCCGGCGUCCGUCAGCACAUUCGUUCUCGACCGUUGUUAUCGUACAUACGGUACUGCUGUCAGAUCUGAUGUUCUGAACCGUUUCCCGAUCUCGCCGCAAGCCUCACAGACGCCGCACACGCCCAUCAUGAGAUACGCAUACCCUGGCCUGGCCGGCCUGCUUUCGCUGGCGGCUAGGACUGGAGCCGACCCAACAUGGCCCGCCGCCACGGACGAGAUGGAGGAGAUUGUGUACCAACUCCAGGGGUUCAAGGGCAGGGUCUUCAAUGAUGUUAUUACGCCUUGCAACAAUGAGGCCGCUGGACCUGGAAGGGUGACGGCGUCGGAGUGGUUGCGGGUGGGAUUCCACGACAUGUCCACCCACAACCGCGUCUUCGGCACCGGCGGACUCGACGCCUCCCUCCAAUUCGAGCUCACAAACGGCGAGAACACCGGACCGGGCCACAACACCACCCUCAAGUUCUUGGCCAACUACUACUCAUCCCAAUCGACCAUGGCGGACCUGAUUGCCGCCGGCGUCUACGCUUCUGUCCGAUCUUGCGGAGGCCCCAUCAUCCCCCUUAGACUCGGGAGGAAAGACGCAACAUCCAGUGGCAGCACCGGCGUGCCGCAACCCCAGAACUCGGCCGAGACGUUUAGGCAACAAUUCGACCGCAUGGGGUUCAGCACCGAAGAAAUGAUCCAGGUGACGGCUUGCGGACAUACCCUCGGCGGUGUCCACACGGAGGAGUUUCCCGAGAUUGUGCCCGCCGGUACGGGAACUAACGGCCAGAAGCCUCUUGAUACCACUGAUGCUACGUUUGAUAACAAGGUUGUGACCGAGUACAUCUCUGGGACAACGCAGAAUCCGUUGGUGGUUGGGCCUGCUGUUGCGGUGAACAGACACUCGGAUUUCAAGGUGUUCAACAUUGAUGGGAAUACCACGAUGAACGGGUUGACGUCUGCUUCGACUUUUAGGGACGUUUGCAAGACUGUUCUUCAGAAGAUGAUUGAUACUGUGCCCUCGGGGGUGACGCUGACGGACCCCAUUGCCCCUUAUGCGGUUAAGCCUGUGGAUAUGCAGUUGACCUUGAAUUCGGGAGGUUCCAGUUUUCUCCUGACUGGGUACAUCAGAGUUCGCACGACGAAUCGGGCCUCUGGUGCCAUCAAGAAUGUCAAGAUGACUUGGAAGGAUAGGAAUGGCGGUUGUGCUUCCGGGUCGUGCUCAUACACCGCCACCGUACAAGGAGCUGGUACCGGGUUUGAUGAUACUUUUGAGUUCUUCCCUAUCUCAACCAACAUCCCCGCUUCCUCGGGCAUUUCUUCCUUCACAGUCACCGUCAACCUCAACGACGGCACCAGCGAGUCGUACGACAACAACGGAAACUCCUACCCCUUGUCAGAUGCCAUCAUCCUCCAAAAACCCCAGAGCUGUCUUCUUCAAAGCUCUGGUGCACUCACCGUUUCUGCGCUUGUCCGCAACGACAUCACCACAACUCCCUCGCUAGGCAUCUCCUACCUCACACCCCGCGGCGUCGUCCGCAACGGCAACCCGGUCCCCAUCCUCAGCAGCACCACCGUCGCCAUGACAAAAGGCGACUGCAUCGGCCCUUACACCUUCUACUCCGCCAGCUACACCAUCACAGGUGGUCUGAGUUACGCCGCCAAGCUCAGCGUCACCGCAGGCUCCAACUCCGAUAGCUUCAACAAGGCCAGCGAUCUAUCAGGCAGCUGCGCUACCUUUUCUGGAACUGCGUCCUGCACCACGCCUGGUAGUGGUGGCGGUGGUGGUAACGGGCCAGACGCCUCUUCCACUGUUGCCAGCACUGUUGCGCCGAGCUCGUCCGCAGCCGAGCCAUCAUCUACCAGCAGCGUAGUCAAGGUUAUCAGCUCCAGCGACAUCACCAGCUCUAGCGACAUCACCAGCUCUACCACCACCGUUGUUUCAUCCACCACCACCUCCUCCUCAGCUCCCACGGCCACCGGCCCAGCAAGGAAACAAACAGUCGCCGGCUACACCCGCCUCCGCUGCGUAACCGAAGGCUCCGGCGUGCGCGCCCUAACCGGCGCCUCCUUCGCCUACGACACCAUGACGCUCGAGUCGUGCGCGGCCAACUGCACCGCCGCAGGUAACUUCGCUUACUUCGGCACCGAAUACUCGCGCGAAUGUUAUUGCGGCAACACCCUGGCAGCUAGCAGCUCCGAGGCGCCCGAUAGCGAGUGUAACAUGUUGUGUGCUGGUGACGCGACGGAGUAUUGCGGGGCGGGGAAUAGGCUGGAGUUGUACUCGAAGCCUGGGACGGGGGGAACGAGUACUGCUAGUGCAGCACAGCCAACGGCUACCCUGGGAAGAAAGGACACGGUGGGCGAUUACGUCUUUGUCGGAUGCCAGACUGAAGCUACUCAAGGCGGUAGGGCGCUGGAGGGCAAGUCCUGGGCUGAUGAUGGGAUGACGCUGGAGGGGUGUGCGGAGGCUUGUAGUGGGUGGGAGUAUUUUGGGGUGGAGUAUGGGAGGGAGUGCUACUGCGGCAACACCCUCCGUGGCGGCUCCGCUCCGGCUCCGCUGUCUGAUUGCAGCUUCACUUGUGCCGGAACCCCUUACGAGUACUGCGGCGCUGGAAAUCGACUUGAGCUUUAUCGGUUGGCGAGUGCUAGUUCGUCAUCGAAGGCGAGGAGGUCUCGUGGGGAGAGAGGACGGAGGUUAUAAUAAUGUCUUCAGUUAGGAUCGGGAUGGAUGGAUGAUACGGAUGGGAUACACACAUGACUGGGCUCUUGGACUAUAUAC